CAAGGGAGACGGUUGCAAAGCUCCGAACGCAUCUGGGCGACGAAUGGAACGAAAACUCUCCAGCACGCCGUCCGGCUGCAAGAUAAAGAGGGUGAAUUCCCGGAAGUGAGCGCUUGCUGGCCUCUGGCUUGAGACAUGGAGGCGGGGCGCGGCGGGGCGGGCUCGGCUUCGCGCGAGUAAUGAGGCUUGGGCGCGCGCCUCCGCCUCCCAUUAAGGGGUCCCCCCUUUUUUUUCUUUCGCUCCUUUCAAGAGUUGGGACGGAGGUUCCUUACUCGACAACAUGUGGCUCCCCGGUUUGUUGCUGCUGCUGCUGGGGCUCGUUUUCCGAAGUCAAGCUGCAGAAGAAAGCUUGGCAGCCUUUCUCAUUCAGCUUUCUUUGGGGAAAUUUAAAAAUGUGCGGCUCAAUGAAACAGUUCCAGCUGAAGCAGUGCUGGGGAAUAUUGCCAGCAAUGUGACUGUCAUCAUCUUUCAGAUCCAUACCUUCCAUCAGAAUGUGACAAUUUCUUUUGAUAAGAACCCUUCUACAAACAACUCAGGAACUGGAGUAGACAAAGGGCUGGUUUCUGUCCUCCGACCUGAACAAACUGUGUGUACCUGGUAUUUGAAAACUGGGGAUGCCAACCAUGUGCUGAGCACAGUUGUUGCGUACUCUUAUGCUGAAAAAGAUCCAAUCCCUGGUGGCUGCAACUUGGAAUUUAAUUUGGACAUUGACCCCAAUAUUUAUUUAGAGUAUAACAUGGCAGAAACACACAUCAAAUUUGCCCCAGCAAAUCUGGGGUACACAAGAGGUACAAACCCACCUUUGUGUGAUUCUGGGUCUAGUCAAGAUUCCAGGUUGAGGCUAUACUAUGAUAUCUAUCAGUACUUCCUACCAGAGAAUGACUUGUCUGAAGAAACAUUUGUGAGUCACAUGAGGAAGAUGUCUGAUGUGAAACAUAUUAGAACAAAUGGCAUCAAAAUAAUGACCUUAACUAGCCAGGACAAAACUGACUUGUACUUCUCCUCACUCCCGGGACAAGGAGUGAUCUACAAUGUCAUAGUGCGGGAUCCACAUUGGAACACCUCAGCUGCCUAUGUACCUGUUCACACAUAUGCGUGUAGCCUCUCUGCGUCAACAGAUAACUGUUUCACAAGCAGAAAGCUUGCCACCAAAAUAUUUUUCACUGCACUUGCUGUCCUUGGCCUUUUCAUCUGUUUCGUUGGACACAGAUUCUGGAAAACAGGUUUAUUCUUUAUGGGCUUUAUCAUCUUGGCUUUCUUUUUCUUCAUAACCAUUACCAGAAUACCUACUCUCAAUUAUGAUGCUGACCUUGGUCUUACAGCACUGGCUGGUGUUAUUGGAGGUAUCCUCUUGGUGGCCUACUGGUGGAGAUUUGGUUUUGUGAUUCUCUGCAUGUUGAUUGUGGGACUUGUGCUGGGAUUCUUUGUUGCUUCUACAGUUUUCUUCACUCCUUUAGGAGACUACAGAGUUUUCCAAGAUGAUGCUGUAUUUUGGGUAACUUUCUGUUGCAUUGCCUUGAUGGUCCCCAUCGUAUUUGUUGGCUGCCCCAGAGUUCUCAACAUCUUGACAUGUGGCAUAAUAGGAUCUUAUACCAUCAUCUUGGCUACAGCAUGUUACAUAUAUACGAGUCUGUCGUACAUUGUCAUAGAUCUACUUCGGAGGAUACUGCAUGACGACUUUAAGAGAGCUUACACCAGUGUGCCCUUUCAGUCAAAUGACCUCAUCCUCCUGGCAGUCUGGGUGUUGCUAGCAGUAGGAGGAAUAACGAUACAGCUGCGCCGAGAGAGGCGGGAAGCCCCUUUUCCACCCCAUCCCUAUCGGAUAUGGAAGCGUGAAAGAGAACGCAGGGUAACUAACAUCCUAGAUCCCAGUCAUCAUGUUCCUCCCCUGAGAGAGAGGCUCCAUAAUAAGCUGUCCCAGAUCAAGGACUUUUUUCGAAAAGAACAGCCGGCAGGAGAAAGAACACCACUGCUCUUGUAAACAGACAUACAAUGGGAAGGACUGGGGAAAACAGCUGGGAACAUGUGGUGCUGAGGAUGUCUUACAGGAGUUUGAAACAUUGUGCAAGAGUGACAUGCCUUUUACCUUGCCCUCUUCAGCAAAGAUUUGAAGGUUGGAGAAGGAUCUACUCUUGUAUGCUAGAAGGCAUUUGCUGUGCUUUCAAGUGCUGUGGUGCACAGACACUUUUUGUCUGUUGUAACUUGUAACAAGGAUCGAGUGCCUAUAUGUGCAAUGUGUAAAGUUAUUGUGGCAGGGGAGAUAGGAUGGAGAGGUUGCUUAAUGGGAAGGUGUGCAAUUGUAAAGUAUCAAAGCCCCGAGAGCUGGAAAAGGGUCACCGGGCACAAUACAUAGUCCUUCCCUUGUCUUCAAGCGCCAUUGGUAAUGCCAGCCCUAUUGGGGUGGCUGUUGGUUGAGCAGAGUAUGCAAAAUACAGGGGAAGAUGGUUGGAGGUACGACUACAAGUGGAAGAACAACAUCUUGGUGGCCUUGGUACUGUUGAAAUUAUUGACAGAAAACAUGCAUUAUUGCUGCUAGCCAAUAAUAGCACAAAGUUGCCCAGCUAUACUAAAAAGUUUUAGUGUUACCAGGUUAACUUGUGUUUCCUUAUAUGGAAAAGGACCUCUUGCAGGGUGGGGGACAGAGAGGAAGCUUUCUCAAAUUUUAGGGCAUAGUUCUCUAGCAGGCUAGUAAUCUGGUUUUAGUGAAAGGUAGCAGCAUAAGGAGAAUGAAUAGUCUGUUCUCUGAAAACAAAAUUGAAAAAAUCUAGGAAGCCACAGAUGUAGAAUACAUGUGGCUGAUUUAUUUCCAGGGGCCCUUAAAACAUUUAGGUUCUGUUCUAGCCGUACCCUCUUUGUGUCUGAAGUGUUUUUCCUGUUCUUUUUAUAUUUGAAAAAUUAAAUAGAGCCUUUGGGACUUACAUUCCUUUGCAGCUUGGUAGCCACCUUACUGAGCCUGGGGGGGGGGGCGAGGGGCAGUGUUGCUUCUUCAGCAGAGCCAUGUGUGUCACGAGGGAGACCAUCUUUAGCCAGGUUCAGAGCCUGAAAAAGUUGCUUUCUUUUUUUGGACCCUAAUAUCCCGAGUCACCAGUGAUCAUGCUGGCUGGGGAGACUGUGAGAAGUGUAGUCCAGCAGCUAACAUUUCCAAGUGUUUUGUGGCCUGGAAGUGUUCUCCAAAUUGUUUAGGAGCUCAGUCACGGGAAGGAUUAUGCAAAGGCAGAGAAGAAAACAAAAGCCCUUCUGCUUUCUCUUCUGUGCUCUCAUCCAUCUUCUGAUCUAGUCUGAGCUUGGCAGUGCAGCUGCUGGCCUGGACGGUGGGCCUAAUAAACUGUGCUGCUGCUGGGUAUACUGCCUCUUUGUCUGUCAAUCAGUUACUUGCAGUGCGGUCCCUCCUGACUAGUUAUAGUGGUGAAAGUGCAAGGUGUUUUUAAGCGUUGUGCAAGGAUAGCAUCAAGAAGCCUUGUCUUGCAACUGACAGCCUGCCACUAGUUAGAGUUGACCAAUUGCAAAGACCAAGAAGUGGCACAAGAUGAGAUAAUGAUCCAGUUUAAAACUGUCAUAAUGGGGACUUGUAAUUGUGUCGUAGUCCCAAGAUGUGCUUCAAGUUAGGGCCUGUUGGACUGUGGAGGAGGAAACGUGUCAGGAGAUCCUUCAUUUUGUUAGGAUUUUAAGUUGCCGCCAGUGUGUGGGUCUGGGUUCCUGGUGGUAUUGAGAUAAGAACUUAAGAUUUGAGUUUCUCCUCUCGUUGCUGGAGUUGUGAAGGUUAUGCCUAUAAAUCUUUGGAGCUAACAUAAGGUGCAGGAGCCUCAUCAUUAUGGAACAUGACACUGUGUGUGCAUUUUCCCCCCUUCCUUGUGUGGACAGGCAGUCUCUUUGCUCUCUCUUUUUGUCCUCUUUCUGUUGAAAUACUGUUUUUCGACAAGGAUCAGACGUAGUCCAUAUUUUUCCUUUCUGAAGUUAGCUAUGGCAGUCAUUUAUACAUUUUAAUCUACAAAUGACUGCAGUAGGAUGGCAUUGGCUUAAAGCAAGAGAGCAACUCUGCUCUAAUAUUAACCUUAAAGGAGAAAGCAGCACACUUUGGAAACCUGCUGAAUUUUAAGCAUUAUGCUUAAAUUGUAUUUUAUGCCGAAGGUUGCUCAACGGAAACCCCAGAGAUGUGCACCACACCUCUAACAUUCUUAGAGCCCAAGAACUGAGGCAAACUAUUUUUUCCCUAAUCUCCCCAUGACUCCUUCCAGUUUAAGUGUACUCUGCAACAGAAAGGAUAUUAACCUCACGAUGAGUAGGAAUGGGAAUCUGUAGCCCUUCAGAAGGUUCCAGUAUGCUUCACUAAGUUGGUUAGGGAACAUAGGAGAUAAGAGUCAAACCAUCUCUGGAAUGAAAUAGAUUUCCGCUAGCUGCUUUGUGUGCCUUGGGGAAUGCAAGGGUUUAGUGCAGAGGUCUCAAAUGCAUUUUGAUAACCUUGCAAGGGUCUAGAUAAUUAUAUCAAAUCCUUAUACCAUAUUCUUUAAGGCUUCCUGAAGAACUGUAAAGCCUCCUUACAUUAAAUGGUUCAAAACAGUUAACCAUUUUAAUUGCAUGAAAGCGAAUGACUACAGGGCAAGAGACUAUCAAAAAGUGGAAAAUUCCAUAGUUCGUGAGAACUGUUCAGAGAUCAAUGUAAUUUUAAUGUUCUAAAAAGUGAAAGAAGUAGGUGAAAAACAUGUCCAUUUCAGCUAAGAGUUGCUUGUUGGUUACCUGGCUGCCUUUUAGCAAUUAACUGAGAUAUCUGAUGGGUCCAAGUGAUAAAUACUUUGGUAUAAAAGUUAGCCAUGUUUUUUUAAAUAAGUGCCAUGAUUUACAGUGCAAAAGUUGUCCUUUUCCUAUCUUUUUUAUAAUAAAGAUGUUCUUUAAAUUGAA